GGCGGGGGGGGAAUGGCGCGGUCGCCUCUUCAUUAACGUGUUUCCUUUACUUAAAAUGAUUUUUUUUCCACUUCGUGAAACUUUGGACAAUUGUUUUGUUUUCCCUUCGGUCUGCAGAUUCAAAAUUAAGAGAAGGCGCUAAAGCUGCGACUGUGGCCAAUUGUGUGGUUGGUGGCUGCGUUUGGAGCUUUGAAUUGAAAGGAUUUACGUGAAUGUGUGGUUUAGCAUUUGCGUUGUUUUCCUUCCCUUGUGAUUGUUUCUAAGAUUGGGAUUACUUUUUCUUUGCGAAGUGGGCGAGUUCGGAUUUAUGAUUGGAAGGAAUGUUUGUUCAUUGAGAACCUGCAAUGGUACAGAUUUCAUUGUGCUCACGCUUUAUUUUGUUAGCCUCAAGACCGUACUUUGUGGAAUCGAGUAAAUCAACAUAGACGGUCUCAUUCAGGAGUGUGAGUCACUAGCAGGAUUCUUAGUGGAUUGCUCGGCUUGUGAUCUGGGAUACCCAGAUGGUUCUGUGGUAUGCUAAGACCCUCUGCAAACAGACGUCUGACUUCCCUGUUCAGCCUUCUCUACAACUACUUCCCAAGAAUCCUCCCUCAUAUUUCAGUCUAAGAGGCUUCUUAGGCAACUUCUCACUCACACCAUUUUCUCCGAGGGAAUCUGGAAAAAUUGGAAGCAAAACAUCAUUUCUCUAAGAAAAUUUUGGAUAACAGAAGUUCCGGAUAACAGGGCAAACCAAUUCAAUCACCAUGAGUUGGAGCUUCCUGACUCGCCUGCUAGAGGAGAUCCACAACCAUUCCACAUUUGUGGGGAAGAUCUGGCUCACUGUAUUGAUUGUCUUCCGGAUUGUCCUUACAGCUGUAGGAGGGGAGUCCAUCUAUUAUGAUGAGCAAAGCAAAUUUGUAUGUAACACAGAGCAGCCAGGUUGCGAGAACGUCUGCUAUGAUGCCUUUGCACCCCUGUCCCAUGUGCGCUUCUGGGUAUUCCAGAUUAUCCUGGUGGCAACCCCCUCGGUGAUGUACCUGGGCUAUGCCAUUCAUAAGAUUGCCAAAAUGGAGCAUGGCGAAGCAGACAAGAAGACAGCUCGAAGCAAACCCUAUGCAAUGCGUUGGAAACAGCACCGGGCUCUGGAAGAAACAGAAGAGGACCAUGAAGAGGAUCCCAUGAUGUAUCCAGAAAUGGAAUUGGAGAGUGAAAAAGAAAAUAAGGAGCAGAACCAACCUAAACCCAAGCAUGAUGGCCGAAGGCGGAUCCGAGAGGAUGGGCUUAUGAAGAUCUACGUGCUGCAGUUGCUGGCAAGGACCAUUUUUGAGGUGGGUUUUCUGAUAGGGCAGUAUUUUCUGUACGGCUUCCAAGUCCAUCCAUUUUAUGUGUGCAGCAGACUUCCCUGCCCUCAUAAAAUAGACUGCUUUAUUUCUAGACCCACUGAAAAAACCAUCUUCCUUCUAAUAAUGUAUGGUGUUACAGGCCUUUGCCUACUGCUUAACAUUUGGGAAAUGCUUCAUUUAGGGUUUGGGACAAUUCGAGACUCGCUAAACAGUAAAAGGAGGGAACUGGAAGAUCCGGGUGCUUAUAAUUAUCCUUUCACUUGGAAUACACCAUCUGCUCCCCCUGGCUAUAACAUUGCCGUCAAACCAGAUCAAAUCCAGUACACCGAAUUGUCCAACGCUAAGAUUGCCUACAAGCAAAACAAGGCCAACAUCGCCCAGGAACAGCAGUAUGGCAGCCAUGAGGAGAACCUCCCAGCUGACCUGGAGACUCUGCAGCGAGAGAUCAGAAUGGCUCAGGAACGCCUGGAUCUAGCAAUCCAGGCCUACAGUCACCAAAACAACCCCCAUGGACCCCGGGAAAAAAAAGCCAAAGUGGGGUCCAAAGCUGGGUCCAGCAAGAGCAGUGCUAGUAGUAAAUCAGGGGAUGGGAAGACCUCCGUCUGGAUUUAAUCUUGGCUUAAAACUUGUGCUUUUCAUAGUUUAUGGUAAGCAGCGGCUCACUGAAUAAUGACUUCCAUUGAGUAAACAUUUGGCUCUGGUUAUCUUCAGGGAUGCUGUUGGCUCAUGGUCCAAGCUCAGGCGACUCUGAAAGCGGGGCUGGGACAAGGGGGAGAAAAGGGGAAAACACAGUGUUCCUGGGCACAUAUUCCAGCAAUAAUACAGUUAUGGAACUUUACAUUUGUGUCUUCCAGAUCUGGAAAAGAACAGAUAUAUUUAAAUCAUUCUUGUUGAAAAGUUUUUGUAUGUACAGUAUUAUGGUACAUUUUUUUAGUACGAGAAUUUUUUUUGUAUUUGUAUAUUGGACCACUGUAGUUAUACUUUUAUAUUAAAGGGGAAAAAAAUCCUUAAGGUAAUGCUAUUACUUUUGUUCAGCAAAUGCCACCCUGGGUUUAAAGUUUUAAUAGAUGCCACACCUCAUAAAAGUGCCCCUUGUGUUGCCGGGAAGAUUUCAGAUACCUAAGGAGCCAGGGGAGGAAGCAUCAAUUUUCAGUCUUGGACAGAAAGUCCUCAAUAGGGGGAGGUUGAGGUUUUUUCUCCUUUACUUAAGAAAUCCUUGAAUCUCAUUCAUGUACCCAGACUUAUAUCCAAUCUUUGAAAACCUAUUUGUAUUUUCAAAGGAUAUAAAUGAUUCACUGCAGGAUUCCUGUGAUUAUCAAGCAUUACCAGUAUAUGCCUUGAUGGUGUGUAUAUAGUUUAAGUUCUUUCAAAAGGCUGAUAUACAGAGGUGCCCCCAGUCUGGUGGCAGUGCGGGGACCCUGACCAGAGUUGUGACGAAGAUUCCUCUAUUGCACAUUAGAGCCACGCCUGGAAAACGAGCCCCACUACACCAGUGAGUUGUGAACCUUAAAUCUCUACCCGGAAACCUGCCUCUCCCAGCAAUGGAUAUUUUCUUUACAUGUUAACAUUAGAAAUACAAAAAUUCAGGGCACCUGGGUGGCUCAGUC